AGUUCCUUGUUAGUCAUAAUGCCAGGGAGCAAAUUGUUCAUGUUCAACAUCGCAGCAGUUGCUGCUGCUGCUCCUUUCCUCGCCAAGCAGCAGUCUGAGGGUGGCAAAGUUUCUAUUACCAUCGCUACCACGAACGAUGUAUAUUCAAUGUAUGCUCGACCCAUGUCGGGUAAUGGCUAUUACUUCCAGGGUACUCCUUCGGAACAGUUCUAUUCGAUCUGUGAGAAGGAUGCUGAUACUUGUUACGGCACGGCUGGCGCGAUGGAUAUGCCCGAGGCUUCUGUAGAUAAACUUUAUAAUAUUGAUCUAUCGGCCACCGGUGGUAAGGUGAUGACCAAGGAGGACAGUGGUUGUGUGGAUCCUUCCAAGUUUGACGACAUGGUUCGUGAUCCUGCAUCAGCAUGGGGUAACACAGCUCAAAUGGCAGGCACCUACAAGUACCUUGGCCUGACUGCCGAUACCGACGAGUAUAUCAGCAUGCUCCCCGGUGAUUUCGUGGCUAUGUCUUACCUCUCCUCCAUCACUUAUGGUCAGCACAUGGUUGAUAUGAUGAACGCUGGUGAGGUGGACUUGGUAGCCUUUGGUGACCAUGAAUUCCAGUUCAAGAACAAGUGCCCUCCUGCCGACUUGGCUGAUCAUCCGGAGUACAACGAUGUCUGCCUGUCCUGGAAUAUGGCCACUGGUAACUUCCUCUACCUAGGAAGUAACGUCUUCGAGGAUGCCGAAAAGACUAGACUAUACGGGUCGACUCUCGAGGUUGCUGAUGAGAUCUCCUUCGUCAAUGCCACCGUACCAAAGAACAAGAAGGUUUUCGAUGAGGAGACUAGUUACUACGCUCCCUCUGGGAACUACUGGUUCAAGAUGGUCAAGGACAAGAAGGUUUGCUUUACUGGUACCACUGAAGCUUCUGCUGAUGAACCUAUCAUUGGCAGUACCAAUGUAUGGUUAUCGGAUGAGUACGAGGCUGGGGUUAAUGCCACGCGCGAGAUGAACGAGGAUGGUUGCAACUUGGUUAUUGUCCUAACUCAUCAGCGUGAGGGUUAUGAUGUCCUCUUCUGGAGGAAGGCUGUUGUUGAGGAAGGUAUCAAGAUUGAUGCUAUCAUUGGUGGUCAUGAUCACUUCCCUGCUUUCUUGAAUCUCCAACAUCCCACUAAGCCUGAUAUUAUCACUCCUGUGUGGAAGAUGGGUAUGGAUGGUCAAAUGCUCGGCAAGUUCGUAUUUGACUUUGACGAACAGCAUCCCGACGGAAAACUUCGCUACGCCCAUGCUAUUCCAGUGUUUGAUGAACAGUGUGAUCAGCACUUCAUCGGUACGGACAAUGAGGAGUGGUGGAACAACAAUGUGAUGCAGACCUGGACACACUGGGUGCAGCCUAUCAAGCCUCUCCAGGAUACCAAUAUGACCAACUUGCUCUUCGCUGGCUUCUAUGACACUGCGGAUAUUCGUUCUGCCGAGUCGCGUGUCGGUAACAUGCUGGCUGAUCUGUUCCUUCGCAAUCUGUCGGCGCACUUCGCAGCUCUUGAUGGUGGCAAUAUUCGUUAUGGUUUGAGUCAGAACUUCACGGAGCGCAUUCCCCUCACCGAGCUGGACUUGUACGAGGAGACUCCUUUCUUGGAUGGUAUGGUGUCUUAUGACAUGUCCUUGAUGGAGGUCUUCGGGUAUAUGAUCUAUUCGGCCCCGAUCGCCAUGGGUGGUCCCAAUGCUCCCCGUCCGGUCACCUCUGGUUUCGAGAUCGAGAUGGAUCCCACUACUACUGAGCACGGUGGUGUGAAGUUCAUCCGCUUCACUGGUACAAGUCAUAUGGCUGGUAUCGUCAACCGCACUCAGACUGAGUGUGGUCACCCAACUUUGAAGUGUGGUGAGAUCAUUUGGAAUGCUGAGGAGGGUUGGAAGGUCGACCCGUUCACUAUGGUCAUCGUCACUGCUCCUGACUAUAACGCCAGGUACUCUCCCGACGACUCUCCUACCCUGCGCAGGUCUUACUAUCUGACUCAGAUGUCGGAUCUUUGCAGGCGCGGCGCUGAGAGCUAUGCCAUCGACUUAAUGGAGAGUCGACAUCCUUCGCUUGCCCUCCUGGUCCUGACUUCUUCGACGCCCACUUCCACUACCACAACAGGAUCUUCUCGUCCUCAUUACACGGAAGAUUCCAUCAAGGCUGCCGAUGAGUUUUGUGGUAGCAAGGCCGCUGGCUCUUACUGCAUGUAUUGGCAAACAACUGCGGGUCAAGUGUGCCAUGGCACAGAAGUGUCCUGCAGUAGUUUGCUGGUUGAGGGACGGAGGUUGGCUGUUGCCGAUGCCGACUCCCAGACUUGCUGGGCGCGUCUGGACUCUACGAUUCCUGAGAGGUCUGUUCAUGUUUGGACUGACGAAGCUGUCACUCCUGAGGGUGUUAAGGUCAUCGAUACUACAACUCCGAUGGCUGAUGGUUCGGCUGCUGCUGCCAUGCUCCUCUCUGGACCUUGGUAUGUUGGUGGUGAGCAUCCUGAGGAUCUGGAAGCAUAUGGUAUCAGUGAUCCUGAUGUUGAGUCCAUGGAGAUGGCAAAUCUUCCAGUUCGUCGUUGGUUGGAGAGCACUCCCGCUGCUUCAACGGAUUCGUUCGUCCUGGCGUCUUUCGCCGGUGAGGCCCCGAAGAAGACUGUUGGUCAGUUCUACGGUGCUAAGGUUAACCCUCGUACCAUCUUGGCUUUGCACCAGUAG